AUGGCACUUCGCUUUGACGGAAAGGUGGCUAUUGUGACUGGUGCUGGUGGUGGUCUGGGCCGAACCUAUGCUCUUGAACUUGCUAAACGAGGAUGCAAAGUCGUAGGUAGGAAGAGUAAACUCGUCCACAACACAGCUUAUUUUGUUUAUUGGCCGGUUUGGAAAUUAAACACACACAAAUGAAU